UUAUCUCCAUCCCUGCACAGGACCUUGAUCGGAUAAAUAUCCUGCAGGAGCAGCGGUCACUCACACUCAAGGAGCGCCACCGCGACUGCCGGACCAAAAUGAUCACUUUCUCACAAACAGUCGCCUCUGUUCUGUUUCUGUGUGCGUUAACAACAGCGCAAAGGGGAGACUACUCAUUACCUCCAGAAGCAUGUACCCCAAGUGAUGGCUUCGGCCAAUACUGUCCCACCACAUGCGGUGUAGCAGAUUAUCUUCAAAAGUAUAAACCUGGGGUGGUGAAGGACCUGAGGGAUAUGGAAGAAAUUCUGCUGGACAUUGCCAACCUCACUAAAGGAGCUCAGGACAGAGUGGUCUACCUCAGAGACUCUGAGACACAGGCUCAAAAGACCUCACCAGAUACGUACAUUCAUAAAUCGAGAAGCAUGCUGGAUGACGUGAUUCGCUUUGAGAAAAGCAUUCUAACUCAGGAGGAGCAAAUAUACACCCUGCAGUCCACCCUGGCAGCCAAUGACAAGCGUAUGCUGGAGCUGAAACAGCUGGCUCUUCAGCUGGACCAGAAGUGCAAGAUGCCGUGCAAGGACACUGUUGAGAUCCAGCCCGUCACAGGCAAAGACUGCCAGGAUGUUGCAAACAAGGGUGGCAAAGUCAGUGGCCUGUACUAUGUCCAGCCUGCAAGAGCGCCCGCACCCUUCCUUGUCUAUUGUGAGAUUGAUAGCUUUGGCCGUGGAUGGACAGUACUGCAGAGGAGACGUGAUGGCUCCGUCAACUUCAACAGAAACUGGAUUCCCUACAAAGAAGGCUUUGGCUAUCUCUCACCUGACGACAGCACUGAGUUCUGGCUGGGCAAUGAGAAGAUGCACCUGCUUUCCGUUCAGUCUUCUGUCCCCUAUGUGCUCAGGAUAGAGAUGGUGGACUGGGACGGCAAAAAAAAACAUGCUGACUACGCCAUGUUCAAAUUAGGCCCAGAGGCAGACAAGUACCGUCUGACCUACGCAUAUUAUUUCGGAGGUGAUGCUGGAGAUGCUUUCGAUGGGUUUGACUUUGGUGACGACGCAAGCGACAAGUUCCACACUUCCCAUAACGGCAUGCAGUUCAGUACAGCUGACCAAGACAACGACAAGUACCAAGGAAGCUGUGCUAAGCAGGAUGGCUCUGGGUGGUGGAUGAACCGUUGCCAUGCUGCCCACCUGAAUGGAAAAUAUUACAAGGGUGGUACGUACACAGCAAAGGAUGCUGGCCAGCACGGUUUCGACAACGGUAUCAUCUGGGCCACGUGGCACAGCCGCUGGUACUCUUUGAAGGAGACCACCAUGAAGAUCAUUCCUAUCAACAGAAUCACAGCUGGUGGCCAGCAGGGUGGUGUCGACAGCUUCGGCAAAGGAGACUUGCCAAGCCCUUAGACACGCAACAGUUUCUCCUCUGAAUUCAUGGUUUUGAUGGAAAAGCCAUUGGUGAAUUAAAGGUAUAAAACCUCUGUGACAGUUUUACUGUCAGCGUUUGUGUUUCGCAUCCCUCUAAUCUGAUGCAGAGUUUUACAUGAAUUCUAUUUUUUGGAUCGAAGAUAUUCCAGAAGUCAUUGUUGCACAAUGGCUAGCUAAAGUUUUCUCACUGGAAAUUUGUUAGUUGAUGAAACUAUUCAGUUUUCAAAUUGUUUAGUUUAUUAAUGUGCUCAAAUAACCACAAAUAAACCCUUCCACCUUUUGUAAUGAAAGAUUUGUGCCUGUUUGUAUUGAGUUAAUGGACAACAUACGGUCAAUACAGUUAUAUAACUUGGGUCAUUCAAAACAAGAAUCAUUCCAACGCAUGACAGUCUAAAAGAAAAGAAUAUAUAUUUUGGGAAUUAAAAAAAAAGCUAGCACAAAGGAUUUGUGGCUUUUUUUCUUAUGUAUAUAUAUAUAUAUAUAUAUAUAUAAAAAACUUUGCUUGCUGAUCUGAGGAAUCCGCUUUCUAUACCAAUAUGUGUUUGGUUAAUGAUGUGCUUGUACUGCCAGUCCUGUGUGGGUGUAUUUGCUUCUGCAUGUGUGGUCAAUAAGUCAACAUUGCCACACUUUUCUCUGAUUGUAUGUUUCCAUGAGAUGGUCCAGGCCAUGGAUCUGACCCUGAUGUUCAACAUCGGGGGAGGAUUUCAUAAUCACAGCCUAGACUUGGCCCGACCCAUCGAUCGAUCGACACUGAAUCAGCGGUUUUAAGGCAGAAUCAUGAACAACAGGCCUCCAAAGUGUCCCUGCUUGCAUGCAGUUGCAGGAACUUCAGUCCAAAUGCAGUAUAUUUGCACAGUUUUCACCCUCACUGCAAGGUUAGCAUUGCGCAAAUUGCAUAAUAAAAUAAAUAAAAUAAAUUCA